AUGCCUACCAAAAGGUCGACCACACACAUCGAUAUAUUCGAAAAAUCCGGGAUUCUGAAACCCAUCACCGAUGACCACAUGUCCAUACCACCCACCCUUUCUAGAAGAGAUAGAUACAUUGCAAUGUCAGUGGAAGAACUUAUCGGAUGCUGUCGCGAAGGAUCUUACACAACAGUAGACUUGCUCAUGGAAUUGCAUCGCAGAGCUUCCGCGUCAGUCUUUCGACACAAACGUCUCUACAACUGGGAUUGUGUGCCCGUCGAAAUCGACGAGCAUGGCGUAGACCAUCAGGCCGAACGUGCUAGGAUGAUUAUGACAUACGAUUGCAAAUGGAAGUCCUCGAGAGCUCCAGACAAUCCGUCAAUACUCGACUAUGGGACUCUUGACCCUCUCAUGGAACCUUCCAAUGACAAGGUUAGACGCAUUGUCAAUGAGAAGAUGGCACAACUCAAGGCAGAGGCGCGCGAAGCAGCGAUUAUUCGGCAUCCCCGUUCACCGUUGUACCAAGGUCCUAAACCAACGCUAACCGUACGAAACGUGGACGAGGUUAUGGAUAUUUCAGAGUCAAAACAUUACAAUGGAGAUAUACCUUUACAUCGUCCCAGUAAAAGAGUAACAUACUAUCAACCAAUCUAUAAACCAAUUCGUCAUCAGCCAAAAAUAAGUGAAAGGAAAAAGGUUCAGCAACAUCAAAGCCUCGCAGGAAAGCCAAAGAGAUCUCAAUUGCCCGAUGCAUGGCUAGACACCUAUACUGCGUGA